UAUCCCCCCAUUCCUCGUCCCGAAACUCUCUUUUCCUCUCCGACAUCCUUUCCCAUCGCCCAAGCUUCCCAUCUCCGCCCCUAAACCUUCGCGCCUUCUUGAACGAACCUUCGCGCCUUCUUGAACGAACCUUCGCGAUACAGUCGCGAUUAGGUAUCGCGGCUUACAGAAACCACAGAAACCCCCAUCUUUCUCAUCCUUUCUCUGCGCUCCUAUCAGAAACCAUUGAGGAACGUAAGGCUGUUCGCGCCAUUCUUCCUCUUGGCUGGUCCCGGAUUUACGAAAUCCGCCGAUUGACAGGAUUUAGUAAAUCCCGGAAUUAUCGUGAAUCUGCGUCAUUUUGGGAUUUACGAAUCUCAGGAUUUACGGAGGGGGUUUUUUUUUUUUUGUUUCUUUAUGUUCCCGGUUGGCAGUAUUUAGCUCAAGUCCUGCAUAAAUCCUACUUAAAACCGGCUACCAAACAGCCCCAAUGGUGACGGCGCAGACGAAACGGGCCUGCUGAAAUACUGCCACUCCGUUUCCUUCUAUCCCGCCUCUGAACCCUAACUGGAGAAAUAAUACAUUCUUCUUUGCCUCCAUGGAGGACGUUAAGUUGGCAUCUUCUGGUACGCCAUCUACGGGGAGAAAGGAGAAGCCGGUGGUGGUCAGAGUGAAAAGAAAGGCUUCUCAGGCGAGUCUGGAUGCAUUUUGGUUAGAGAUUAAUGAAAGGCCGCUUAAAAGGCCUUUAUUGGAUUUUGAGAAGCUUUCAAUAUCUGAUCACGAGAGCAAAGUUUCAGAGGCAUUGAUGAGAAAACGGUUAUUAGUACAGCAUGUGGAAACUGUGAGCCCUUCCGAGGCAAUUGAAGAUGUUUUGCAGUCCCUUCUGCCUAAUUCUUGUGGCUCAAAGGACUUCACGAGGAAGAUGGAGGUGCGCAAAGGUUAUUUCAAACAAGACAAGAAACAUGAUCAACUGCGCUCUGCAGCUAGACAAGAACGGGAGGAACUUGUAAGGAAUGCCCGUUUUGAGCAAAUUUGGAAAAGCAGAAGGGGUGAUAUUGAUUCCUUGAGGCAGUUGUGCCAUCUUUAUGAUGUUGUCCGAGUUGAUGCCGAAGAUGAAAAGCUGAUGAAGAAGGAGGUGGAACGUGUUUCUGUAGAAGAUAAUGCAAUCUUGUGCAACUAUCUUCCUUUAUUAAGGGAGCACAUUCCUUCAGCUGCUGAAGAGAUUGAAUCUGAAAUAAAAGCCUAUCUAUCUGGAGAAGUUGCAGGUAGUGGUUCUGAUUCAAUUGCUGACCUUCCUACAGAAGAUGGAUAUGUAUAUGAUUUGUACACUGUUGAGGACGAUUUUACUGGAAAUGAUGAAGAUAUGUCAAACGACUUUCCAUUGGUGCAAGUAAACAAUGAAAAUGAUUUUGAUGACAUGCCUGAUUCUGAUAAUGAUUCUGAGGAUUCAAAUGCUGAGGAUCAUCCAAACAAUGAUUACCCUGAUGAGGAGUCAUCAAACAAAGAAGAUGAAGAGGUGGACCCUUUUGGUGAUUUUGAAUGCCCAAACUCAGAUUGUGAAGAUGAAGAAAUGCUGAGCAAGAAGGAAGAAGAGGAGGAAUCCAGCGAAGGUGGCAAAUAUGUACACAUUUUCAGUGAUUCAGAUUGCUCAGACUAGGGAGACAAAGCCAUAGUGGUUCUGGGGAAGAUGGUGAUGUGGAUAUCGUUGAUAAAAUAUUGGAAUUUUUUAAGGGUUAUGGUGCCUUACCAAAUUAGAAUUUUCUUGGUUUGGUCAGCUUCGCUUUUGAAGAUGGUUUUAACUGCAUUCUUUUUGGAUGACGCAGUCUCUGAAACAUCAAAUAUCAGCUGGCCUAGGGAGUUUUUCUUUUGUCCUGAAUUUUCAGCAAGGAUUUCUAGUAGAUUUCAGAUGUCUGUGUUUGAGUACUACCAACUAAGAGGGCUUUGUUAACUAUUUUUCCUAAAUUCCUAGUUUAUUGGUGAAAUUAUCAA